AUGCAACCACAUGCUGAUCAUCCUUUUUAUCCUCUCGUUCCAUAUCCAAUCGCUAAAUACAUUGGAAAAGACAGAAUUGGCGAGGAAGGAAGAAGAACCUACUUGUAUGGAAUUCGAAGUGGUUUAAAGAAUGGUAAUAUGGAAUAUUGGAUUUCCAAUGCCACCUCUGAAAGCAAUGAUCAAAAAACCAUCUUCACAUUAGAUCGUUUCAUGUUCACUUCUACUGUACAUGCCUCUUUGAAUGCCAAAUGGGAAUUCUCAAACAUUCAACCCUUGUCUGAGACCAAAGACACUUGGUUUGAAGUUUGGAAGACUCAUUCAUGUCCACCUCCACCUACAGCCAUUACUUCUCCAUCCACAGUGAGCAUUAAAGGAUUUGUCAAGAACGAGAGCUCUCGAACCUUCACAGGUCUAUCCAACCUACAAGUCAAGUUGAAAUAUCCAGUUCAUGACUACAAAGACGUGGAUGAGAAUGAUCCUUGGGUGGAAAUGACUGUUCCCACGAAUGCCAUUGGUUUAUUUACCUUUGACAACAUUCCACGUGGAAAGAAGGUCUUUUUAGAAAUUAAUAAUCCAAACCAUGGUGGAAGUGCUCUCAAAAAGACAUUGCAAGUUCACUCGGACAUUCUUCCAAAUACUUUUGCUGACUUCCAUUUGGUGCCUACCAAGUCAUACUUGUCAAAAAAGAAAACAAACACUUUCAAUGUUUGGUUGAUGAGUUCUCAAGUUCAGAUUGGGUAUUAUUUAUAA